AUGGGUGAUCAAGGGGUGCGCGUCAGUGGUUUAUGGAUCCAAGAUUGGGUCGGUCGCAUCACAACCAGCUUUGGUCGGCGCCUAUUUUGGAAUUGGGAGUGGGAUCAGAAUCAAUAUCCGAACCUCGAUAAUGAAAUUGAAAAGUUAAAAGCAAAGGGAGUAUCUGUUCUUGGCUACAUCAAUCCAAAUUUGAAUAUUGAAGGUGACUUGUUUAAGGAAGGAGAAAAACUUGGUUACUUUGUCAAGAACUCUACAGGACAGACAUACAUAACUGAUUUUGGUGAAUUUUACUGUGGAUCUAUUGAUCUCACUAAUCCAGAUGCUUACACCUGGUACAAAGACGAAGUCAUCAAGAAGAAUAUGAUUGAAUUGGGAUUAUCUGGAUGGAUGGCGGAUUUUGGAGAGUAUAUGCCAACUGAUGCUGUCUUCUACAACGGUCGAAGUGGAGAGGUUAUGCAUAAUGCUUGGCCUGCACUUUGGGCUCAGAUUAAUUACGAUGCAGUUAAGGAAGCUGGUAAACUCGGUGAGAUUGUGUAUUGGAUGAGGGCAGGUUAUACAGGGUCUCAACGCUACAACACACUCACAUGGGCUGGUGAUCAACUGGUGGACUGGAGUCUCGAUGAUGGAUUAGCUUCAGUUAUUCCAGCCGCAUUGUCAUUGGGUAUGUCUGGUCACGGGCUACAUCAUUUUGAUAUCGGUGGCUACACCUCUUUAUUUGGCAUCAGGCGAACUGAAGAACUACUUCUCCGAUACGCCGAGCUUGCUACUUUUACCCCAGUCAUGCGCACGCACGAAGGGAACCGUCCUUCAGAAAAUUGGCAGGUUUACUCCAGUAAUGACACGCUUCAAGCAGUUGCGCGCCUCGUGAACAUUUUUGUAACGUUAUCCAACUACACUAAAACAGUUGUGAAAGAAAAUAGCGAGUUUGGCAUACCAACACAACGACCAUUAUUUAUGCAUUAUGAGAACUGUUCGAUAUGUUACGCCAUUAAAUAUCAGUACCUCUACGGACCAGACCUCCUGGUGGCACCUGUCUUUGAAUCUCAAAAAGAUAAAUGGACAGUAUUUCUUCCUGAUGAUGAAUGGGUUUUUCUGUGGAAUGGCAAAGAGUACCAAGGAGAAGAGUAUCAUGAAGUAAACGCUAGUUUGGGGCAAAUUCCAGUUUUUUAUCGGAAAAGAUCCAAAUGGGCUCCGGACUUUAGGAAAAUGAACUUAAUGGAACACAAUACAAGACACAAUGUUCAUGAAGACCUUUGAUGAAAUUUACUAUAGGCCUACCCAUAUUUCUGGCGGGUGUCUAAAACGAAGACCGAAGACCCAAAAACGACGACCCCUAUUUUUUAUCUUUUAUUUUAAUGAUAAUACACCAGGCUGUCAUAAAAUCAAAAUUACGAAUUUUUUUGGACGUCUGUUUGUGAAAUUU